CGAAAUCACAUUAUAUGUAGAGUAACCCAACCAUCGUCAUUUUUUUCCGGUUGACAGUCAACUUUCUUACAUUCAUUUCCUUGGUUGCAGUCAAAUCUCUUACAUUCAUUUCUCUGGUCGAAAAUCAUACCAACAAAUCAUAAAAUUCAAAUGGCCGUUCGAAAAACCAGUCAUCAUCAUGUUCGGAGCGACUUCUCUAAUCCCCUGGGGCCUAUCAAAACUAUACUCUUGUUGUGUCUCACAUUCUCCAUUCUUGAGAUUGUUCUGGUAGAAGGAAUGGAACUGUUAGCCGGUGGAUCGAAAGCGUCUACCGCCGGAAGUCGCCUUACCGGGGCCGCCGGCCACGCCACUAACCUUGCAGACACGGGUAGACCUGGCGAACAAACGGCUUUUCACACUCAACAUGGGGGGUCACUCGAUUCGACCCGAGAUCUGAAAGGCGCACCAGCUAACCCAACUGCAGGACAACAUUUCGAUCCCGUUGCACAGCCACAAAUCGCACUCAAGAAGGAUAAGGGCCACGGCUGGUUCAGUAAAUUCAAGUCGAUGCUCAAAGAUAUGUUUAGUUUCAAUUGGACCCGACGAUUCUUCCGUUGGCUUUGGCAUGGAGAUGAGGAGCCAUACCACUACGAAGUAAUUCCUCACGGAUAUGCUCAGCCGUACCUCUAUCCAGGACAUUCCGUCCCUCCUCGAUAUGUCUUCCCUCCGGGUCAUAUUAGUCGAGAAAACGCGCCGGAGACAUACAUCGGAUCGCACAACCACAAAGCAUAUAUCUACUUACGGGACAAAUCAAUAACUACUCCACUGCCAAACUCAGCCCACAUGACUCAUGUCGAGUAUCUCCCUGGUUUCAUACAAACCUACAACUAUAUCAAGCCAGGUGACAACAGUUUGUUUAGAGCACUUGCCGAAAUCAAGUACCAGAAUCAAGAGAGUCAUAUGCACGUUCAGACGGAAAUAUUCGAUUACAUGAAAGAUAACCGCCACAAAUUUCAACACCUUCUUCCCGACAAUGGAAAAGACUAUAGCACCAAAGUGUUUGAUUAUAUCAACGCUCUGGCCCAUCAAACUCACCCUCCUGAUGAUCUGGUCCUUGCUGCCUUUGCAGAAAGUAACAAGUACAAUCUAGCUUUUGUAUCUGAUACAAAACCAUCUGCAUUUGCUGGGCAAUAUCGUUUCAACCCAUCAAGUCAUGAGUACCGCGGGAUCAUUUUGAAUGGCCAAAAUUAUGACCUUCUAAGAAGUUUUCAUGGAUAUGGUCAGCCAUAUGUCCAUCCCAGACAUAUAUUCCCACCAGGCAGCCAUAUUACUCCAGAGAAUGCUCCCUAUGUGCCCAUAGGAGACCACAACCGAGUGGCACAUCAACACUUGAGUAGGAUAAAAGUAGCAACAUCAGUCCCAGACUCUGUCUACACAACUCCUGUGGAGUAUUUGCCCGGUUAUAUACGCACUCAUGAUUACAUACAAAAGGGUGAAGAGAGCUUCUUCAGAGCAUUAUCUGCAAUCAAAUGGCCUGGCAAUCAAGAGGGACAUCGAUUCAUCAAGGGCGAAAUAAUUGAAUACAUGCAAAACAACCCCGAGAAAUUCAACCGAUUUCUGCCCAACAAUGGGAUGGAGUAUGAGAGCAAAGUGCUUGCUCAUGUCAACAUGAAUCACGAACAACGCCAAGCUCUUGGUGUUGGCUAUCAGCUAGAGACUGCAGCAUUUGCUGAAAAAAACAAGCUGAAUGUCGCUUUUGUAGCUGAUACACAGCCCGAUGUGUCUGCUUUCACACAUCAUUUCGAUACCUCUCAUCCUGGUCUGUACUGUGGAAUCAUUCUGAACAAUCAUAAUUUUGAGCUGUUGAAGAGCCUUUAAACCAUCAAAUGUCUUAACCAGGGAUCUCAUACAAGCCCCAGCUAGAUAAAAAAUAUCGUUUGAAAUCUCCAGACAAAAGUACCAAAUCACUUUUAUAUUUACUGAUUAUCCACUGCUCCUUCAAUAAAAUACCCUCUAUUCUAUAAAAUUUUUACAACCA